CGCCGCCGUCCCGCCGCCUGGCAGUUCGCCUGGCAGAUCGCGCCCGCGCUCGUCCUCGUCCUCCGGCUCCCGCCGCGCCCAUGGCCGCCGCCGCCGCCGAGGAGCCCUUCCCGUUCCACGGCCUGCUGCCCAAGAAGGAGACCGGCGCCACCUCCUUCCUCUGCCGCUACCCGGACUAUGACGGCCGCGGGGUGCUCAUCGCCGUGCUGGACACGGGCGUCGACCCGGGCGCGCCGGGCAUGCAGAUCACAACGGACAGGAAGCCGAAGAUCGUUGACAUCAUCGACACUACAGGCAGCGGGGAUGUGAACACGGCCACUGUGGUGGAGGCAAAGGACGGCGAAGUCACCGGGCUCUCAGGCCGUGUGCUGAAGAUUCCUGCAAGUUGGACAAACCCCUCAGGCAAAUAUCACAUCGGCAUCAAGAAUGGCUAUGACUUCUACCCCAAAGCACUCAAGGAGCGGAUGCAGAAAGAACGGAAGGAAAAGAUCUGGGACCCUGUUCACAGAGUGGCCCUCGCGGAAGCUUGCAGGAAACAAGAAGAGUUCGAUGCUGCCAACAGCUGCCAGUCUCAAGCGAAUAAACUGAUGAAGGAGGAGCUUCAAAGCCAGGUGGAACUGCUCAACUCCUUUGAGAAGAAAUACAGCGACCCAGGCCCCGUGUAUGACUGUUUGGUCUGGCACGACGGUGCCACCUGGAGAGCUUGCAUCGACUCGAACGAAGAUGGGGACUUGAGCAAAUCGACCGUGUUGAGAAGCUACAAGGAGGCCCAGGAAUACGGUUCAUUCGGCACGGCCGAGAUGCUGAAUUACUCGGUGAACAUCUACGAGGACGGCAACCUGCUCUCAGUCGUCACCAGUGGAGGAGCUCACGGCACCCAUGUGGCCAGCAUUGCCGCCGGGCAUUUCCCAGAAGAGCCUGAGAGGAAUGGUGUUGCCCCCGGGGCUCAGAUUCUGUCCAUCAAGAUUGGCGACACACGCCUCAGCACCAUGGAGACGGGCACAGGCCUUAUCAGAGCUAUGAUCGAAGUUAUCAAUCACAAGUGUGAUCUCAUCAACUACAGCUACGGGGAAGCCACCCAUUGGCCGAAUUCCGGGAGGAUCUGCGAGGUGAUCAGCGAGGCCGUGUGGAAGCACAACAUCAUCUACGUGUCCAGCGCAGGCAACAAUGGGCCCUGUUUGUCCACAGUCGGCUGUCCCGGCGGCACCACGUCCAGCGUCAUAGGUGUUGGAGCCUAUGUUUCCCCUGAUAUGAUGGUGGCCGAGUAUUCUCUGAGGGAGAAGUUACCCGCCAACCAGUAUACGUGGUCUUCCAGGGGACCCAGUGCGGAUGGUGCACUCGGCGUGAGCAUCAGUGCCCCGGGGGGAGCCAUCGCCUCAGUCCCCAACUGGACCCUGCGCGGGACACAGCUCAUGAAUGGGACGUCCAUGUCAUCCCCCAAUGCGUGUGGCGGCAUCGCCCUGGUCCUUUCAGGACUGAAGGCAAAUAACGUGGACUACACCGUACAUUCGGUUAGGCGGGCUCUGGAAAACACCGCUGUGAAGGCCGACAAUAUCGAAGUGUUUGCACAGGGCCACGGCAUCAUUCAGGUUGACAAAGCUUAUGACUACCUCGUCCAGAACACAUCCUUUGCCAACAAACUCGGCUUCACCGUCACAGUGGGCACCAACCGUGGCAUCUACCUCCGGGACCCAGUCCAGGUGGCUGCACCUUCAGACCACGGCGUUGGCAUUGAGCCCGUAUUCCCUGAGAAUACCGAGAAUGCUGAUAAAAUAUCCCUUCAGCUUCAUUUAGCUCUGACUUCGAAUUCAUCUUGGGUUCAGUGCCCCGGCCACCUGGAGCUCAUGAACCAGUGUAGACACAUCAACAUCCGCGUAGACCCCCGAGGCCUGCGGGAAGGCUUGCAUUACACGGAGGUGUGCGGCUAUGACAUUGCAGCCCCCAGCGCCGGGCCCCUCUUCAGAGUCCCCAUCACAGCGGUAAUUGCAGCAAAAGUCAGUGAGGCAUCGCACUACGACCUCGCCUUCACAGAUGCACAUUUUAAACCUGGGCAGCUCCGACGGCAUUUCAUUGAGGUCCCCGAGGGUGCUACCUGGGCCGAGGUCACCGUGAGCUCGUGUUCCUCCGAUGUGUCUGCCAAGUUUGUCCUGCAUGCGGUUCAGCUGGUGAAGCAGCGAGCGUAUCGGAGCCAUGAAUUCUAUAAGUUCUGCUCCCUCCCGGAAAAGGGCACACUCACUGAGGCCUUUCCUGUCCUAGGCGGGAAGGCGAUUGAGUUUUGCAUUGCCCGCUGGUGGGCCAGUCUGAGCGACGUGAAUAUAGACUACACCAUCUCCUUCCACGGCAUUGUGUGCUCGGCUCCACAGUUGAACAUUCAUGCGUCGGAGGGAAUCAACCGUUUUGAUGUCCAGUCCUCUCUGAAGUACGAAGAUCUGGCUCCCUGCAUCACCCUCAAGAGCUGGGUCCAGACCCUGCGCCCACUGAGUGCAAAAACAAAACCUUUAGGAUCAAGAGAUGUUUUGCCAAAUAACCGUCAACUUUAUGAGAUGAUUCUGACAUACAACUUCCAUCAGCCCAAGAGCGGGGAAGUGACUCCAAGCUGCCCGCUGCUUUGUGAGUUAUUGUACGAGUCGGAAUUUGACAGCCAGCUCUGGAUUAUCUUCGACCAGAACAAAAGACAGAUGGGUUCCGGUGAUGCCUACCCGCACCAGUACUCGUUGAAAUUGGAGAAAGGAGAUUAUACAAUUCGACUCCAGAUUCGUCAUGAGCAAAUCAGUGAUUUGGAACGUCUCAAAGAUCUUCCAUUUAUUGUUUCCCAUAGAUUAUCUAAUACCUUGAGCUUAGAUAUUCACGAAAAUCAUAGUCUUGCACUUCUAGGAAAAAAGAAAUCAAGCAGUUUGACCUUGCCGCCCAAGUACAGCCAGCCAUUCUUCGUCACUUCCCUACCCGACGACAAAAUCCCGAAGGGGGCAGGCCCCGGGUGCUACCUUGCAGGAUCCUUAACCCUGUCUAAGACUGAACUCGGGAAGAAAGCGGGCCAGUCGGCAGCAAAGCGGCAAGGAAAAUUUAAAAAGGAUGUGAUCCCUGUUCACUACUACCUAAUUCCCACACCCACAAAGACCAAGAAUGGCACCAAAGAGAAAGACAAAGAUGCAGAAAAGGAGAAAGAUUUAAAAGAAGAGUUCACUGAGGCUCUUCGGGACCUCAAAAUUCAGUGGAUGACAAAGCUAGAUUCUAGUGACAUUUACAAUGAAUUGAAAGAAACGUACCCCAAUUACCUUCCUCUCUAUGUUGCACGACUUCAUCAACUGGAUGCUGAAAAGGAACGCAUGAAGAGGCUGAUGGAAAUCGUAGAGGCUGCCAAUUCUGUCAUAGCUCACAUAGACCAGACGGCACUGGCCGUGUAUAUUGCCAUGAAGACCGACCCCCGGCCCGAUGCCGCUACUAUAAAAAAUGACAUGGACAAGCAGAAGGCAACCCUCAUCGACGCCCUGUGCAGGAAGGGCUGUGCUCUGGCCGACCACCUCCUGCAGACCCCGGGUCAAGAUGGGGCUGUCUCCGGAGACCUGGGAGCCCGGGAGGAGGAGGGUGAGAGCUUGCUGGACUCACUGACCGACACAUACUGGGAGACCACCAAGUGGACAGAGCUCUUCGACAGCAAGGUCCUCACGUUUGCAUAUAAGCACGCACUAGUGAACAAAAUGUAUGGGAGAGGCCUCAAGUUCGCAACUAAGCUCGUGGAAGAAAAACCAACGAAAGAUAACUGGAAAAAUUGUAUUCAGCUGAUGAAGUUACUUGGCUGGACCCACUGCGCGUCCUUUACUGAAAACUGGCUCCCCAUCAUGUACCCGCCUGAUUACUGUGUUUUCUGAACUAGGAACCACAGCUUGGGAUUUUUUUUUUUAAAGGAAGUUUUAUAGUGAAUGGAUAUAAAGCGGCUUUGUGGCAUUUUUAGUCUACUGCAUGUUCUCCUCCACUAUCCGAUCCCGAUUAUUAAAAUGAUGAAUUUAUCCGAGGAUUCACGGCUUGUGGCUGCGUCCAUGUGACCCGAGGGCACCGGCCUCUGGGUGAUCAUUCUCAAGACCCGCCUGCGGGUUGCAGCUGGUCCACGCAGGAGGGAUUUUUGAAAACAGGGACCUUUAAGUGCAAACCUGUACAAUUCUAUUUUUUAUUUUAUAAGCGAACAGGGUUUUAAACAUGCUGGACUUUAAUUAUUUUUUUUGAUUGUAUGAAGGCCUUAAAAAAAAGCUACAUUAAGUGUAGCUAAAAUUAUUUAUUGGACUAAAAAGCAACAGUGCUUUUCUUGACAUAGAUUUUUCUUUUUUGUUUAUUUGCCCUUUUUUGCCUCUUUUUUUUGUUUGUUUGUUUUGGCAAACGUUUACAUUCGAUUAAGGGGUACAGAAUACAAAUAAACAAUGAAACCAGCACAAAUAUGCGACAGUUGCUGGAACAAAACUUCUAUCACUGAUCUUCCCAGCUUGGAAUUCUUUCAGGCCAGCCAUUUCUCACAUUCUUGUGACGUCCAAAGCAUCGAAUGAACUCAUGAUUCAUGUAAAAGUGCCAGACUGCUCAAUCUUUUAUCAGGUAUUGUAAAGAUACAUAUGGAAUGUCACUUCAAGUGGAAAUAAUGGAAACAUGUGAAUAUAGGUGCAAAACAAAGGUCACAAUAUACCAUAUGCACU